AUGAAAUGCGGUGACCUGGGUUUGCCAAACCCAGGUUCUCAGGAGUGGCUGACCUGGGAUUUUCGAAACCCGGCUUCUCGAAUUCUGCAACCUUGGACUAGUACCAUCCAGGAAAAUCAAACCUCGAAGAUUUCUGUGGAACAUACACCGCGCAGAGCUACUAUUUUUACUGAGGGUGGAUUAUGGAAAAACGGAAUAACCAAACACAAGGAGGAGCUUUUUGACGAAAGAAACCUUGAUAUCCAGUCAAAAGCUGCUUCGCUUCCUAGGACGUCUAUGCUUGUCAGCCCGAGCCCGACAAAAGCGCAGAAAGCAGCGAUAGAGAAGAGAUUGACCUCGAUUGAUAAUCUAGUCGAUCAGUUUAGACGAGGAAGCCCCUUCAGCAGUAAAACAAAAUCUUCUCAAUCGAAUGAACUGAGUGCAAGCUCUGAGAAACUCCCUGGAAGUAUCGAAGACCUGGAGCCUGCACAGAACUUGAUACAUAUCACUCAACAGGAGCAAAAUGAGAAACAAAAGGAAGAGGAAAAUAUAAACUACAAAAUACGAAAACUUGAUGAGGAAAUAUCAAUUCAAAAAUCAAACGCGAAGAACUAUGAGAAGCAAAAACAGAAGAUAAAUGACAAUAUACAAAAAUUAGAUAGACGCAAGCAAAAACUUGAAGGAAAAUUAAAGACCCAUUCUUGCUCUGAAAGCGACCUUCGCCAAAUUGUUCGUAGCGCGGAUUCAAUUCGAAACAAUGACAUGAAUAGUAAUUCAACCGACACAAUUAUGCGAGACGAGCACAGCGAACCGGGCCCGAUGACAGUCAAUUUCUUACCGAGCAAGAAGAGCAGCUCACAGAGUCUGAUCUCGAUGGAGACUCGCAGUCUUGAAGAAUCAGAAAACGGAGAAAUCAAAGCGUCAAAUGAGAUAUUGACAGAACUAAAACUGCAGAAAGAACUCUACGAAUCUGGUCUCAAAAUGAUUAAUACGGCAAUUGCUGACUUUGAAACGAAAAAGAGUGAGUUGGACGGUGAAAUACGAAAUCUUCAUUCAGAAGUUUUCAAGAGUCAGAAAAUUAUUGAGCAGACAGAAUUUGACAAUGCGGAACGGCUGAAACAAAUUAUGAACGAGAUUCACGACGAUUCAGAUCUUCAGAAGAUGGAACACUCAAGAUUACAAAAUGAUUUGGAUCAAUGCAAUUACCGAAGUAAUGAACGAAACAACGAUCUCAUAGAGCGACUAGAGAAGAUGCAAGAUCGAAUCGAAGCUCUAGAAAUUAAGCAGCGGAAGGUGGAAACCUCGAAUCAAAGACCGAUUUUGCCCGGACCACUUGAAAAAGCUCUUGAAUUGCUUAUGCCCAUCUUUGCAUUCUUUCUCUUCUACUAUAAUCGUUUGGUACGCGGCGACAAAGACUCUUCAUUUUGGCUCUUUGGAUUAUCUGGAGUAGCGAUAUCUGUCAUCGUUCUCCGAUAUUUGACGCAGCGCGCAUCAACAUUAACUGACUAA